AUGGCCAAGUUGAUUCUCCUUACCGGUAAGUCUAUAAUGACCACUUUAUGUCUAUACAUUGUGUUAUUGAGUUUUAUUCUUAAACACUGUAAUGAAUGGGCCAGUCUGAAAUGUGACUGAGGCUGCAAUCCUAUCAAGAGUUAGUUGGGAGAAAGCUGCAUUAAUGAGACCUACUUCUGAGUAGGGAUGGAGGGGAAAUUCAAUUUUGUUUGCAGUUUAUUGACUACCUAGUCUGCAUUUCUCAAACCAAUAUACAAACUGAAACAUGGCUAUGCUUCGAAAUGCACUCUUCUCCAAAUUUUGUGAUGCAGUUUGCCAACCAAACAAAAAUGCAUAUAUUAAGGGGAAAUGUGCAUAAGACCACAUAUAUUAGUGAAACUAACAUCCAAAACUGCAUAUUAGGGGAAAUUGCUUGUUUUUCCUUGGGAGGGAAAAAUCUCAGAGCCAUUAUUAAAUGCAAAACAUUCUUGGGUUCAUCAUUUAUUUGAAUGCUUUUUAUUUUUAAGUCCAUAUGACUGGGCUCUCUUACACACACAUAUCUACCUCAAUGGCUUAUUUCUUUACUCUUUAUUUCCUUUGUAGGUCUGGCGCUUUUGCUGAAUGCUCAGCUGGGUAAGUAAUAAACAGGUAGAGGGAAAGCAAUUGAGCUGUGUUGAGCAUCUCCUAUGCCACUAGUGGCACUUUCAGGAGCUUAUUUUGGGAAAUAAACAAAAAUACACCAAAUAAAUAAAAUGUUUAAAAAAUGGAUCUGCCUGUUCCUAAGGAAUAGCAUUAAGAUAACGAGAUAAUUUCUGAGUUCAAUUCAUGCCCUCUCCCUUUACAUGGUAAUGUGCAUUCCUUCAUUUAUUUCAAAACACCCUGUUGGGGGGUUUUGGGUGAGGAGUUCUUACUUAUUCUUGUGAAUGAGGCCCAAGACUCUGUCCCAAAUCCUGGUCUGUAAUUAUUAUUAUUAUCAUUAUACCCCGCCCAUCUAGCUGGAUUUCCCCAGCCACUCUGGGUUCAUUGUGGAACAUAUCCUACUACUAUCACAACUUUUCUCUUAACCAUAGGCUCUGCCUACCAGCUGACAUGCUACUUUACCAACUGGGCCCAGUACAGACCAGGCCUGGGAAAAUUCAAACCUGACAACAUUGACCCAUGCCUGUGUACCCAGCUGAUCUAUGCAUUUGCUGGCAUGAAGAACAACGAGAUCGCUACCAUUGAGUGGAAUGAUGUGACCCUUUACCAAUCUUUCAACGGGCUGAAAAACCAGUAAGUUGCCUGAUGACAAGUUGGUUCUAGUUUAUUUUCUUAAAUUGCCUGCAGAGCAUUUUCUGCAGAGUGCCUCUCUGAAAGCAUCUGCAUGAUUGGUAGCAAAUGCCUGAUAUUAUACAGUAUAAGGCAGGAAACCACAGGGCUUCUCUUGUGAAGUUGUUGCAGUAAGAUAUGACAAAUCUAGAAUGUAUCAAGCAGCACAAGACCUGUUUCAGGUACAAACACAUUUAUAUACAAAUUCCAGUGAAAGUUGUUGUAUAUCUUUUUUUCCUUUUCUUUUUUGAAAUGCAACUUUGUUAUCUGAAAGACCCACAUAGAGCAGUCCUGCGUGGAGUACAUUGCAGUAUUCUAAACGUGAGGUUAGCACAACGUGUACUAUUGUAGUCAGGUAGCUAUCCUGGUCUAGGAAAUGCUGUAUCUGGCAGACCAACCAUAGCUGGGAAUACGUCCUCCUACCCACUGAGGCCACUUGAGCCUCUAAUCAAAAUGAUGGCUCUAGAAGCACCCCCCAGCUAUGCACCUGUUCCUUCGGGAAGUGGAACUUCAUUCAGAACAGGCCAUCUACACAAUUCCCAGACCCAGAAACCACCCACCAUCAGUACCUCUAUCUUAUCAGGAUUCAUUCUUCGUUAUGUUUAUGUUAACAUGCCAAUAACACUGUCCUCCAAAUCCCAUACAGAUGUCAAAAAGCAUGGGAGACAGAGUAGAACUCUAUGAACUAGACAACAUAUUAACAGAACUGAUCUAGGAGUCAAUGAUAUCAAAUGCCACAUAGAAUCAAUAGGGUUGCAAUUCUCCUUGUCUAUCACCUAAUAUAAUCAGACAGGGUGGCCAAGGCUAUUUCAGUGGAAACUAGACUGAAAUGGGUCUAAAUAAUCAGCUUUCUUGAAAGCAGAAUGAUUUCUCACUGCUCCAGGAAAAAGGAGCAAAACAAACAAACAAACAAAAAUGGUUAUUUGAAUAGCCUUAUAUGAGAUGUGUCACAGUCAAUAUUUUAUAGCACAAUAGUGUCCCUUCUGCCCGAGGAAAAGUAAUCAUCAGGGGAUGCUGAAUUAAAAAAAUACAGAACUGAACUUAAUCUCUCUUACUCCUUUUUUCAAGGAAUGGACAACUCAAGACUCUCCUGGCUAUUGGAGGCUGGAACUUUGGAACAGCUCCGUAAGCACCAUAACAUUUUUCUUGGGACAAUUCAGUGAUGGGGUUUGACUCAAGGACUCAAAGUCUGAAUUAUCAUAACCUUAAUUUGAGAUCUGAAAGGAAUUGGCUCACAAGUCAACUGAUGAUACGGGAGGUUUUUAUCUCCCCUGCAGAUUGGAUUUGGCUCACUUAUUUGAACCAUUUACAAUUAUUUGAUUUUUGGUACCUGACUAUGGAAUCCCUGGUGUAUAAAUUUGGUGCACCAUUUUCACAAUUGUGACAGCUGCUUUGGGAUGGAUGGGUUGCAGUGUCUUGAGAUUUGGGGUUGGAUUGGGUAGUCCAUUGCAACUUUUUAUCAAGUCUUUUCUUGCUGAGUGGAGUGAGUGCUGGUUAUAGUUAUUUCCCCUAAUUCUCCACUUCUCUGGUUCUUACUUAGAUUCAAUGCAAUGGUUGCCACUUCCGCAACUCGUCAGACUUUCAUCAACUCAGUCAUCAAAUUCCUGCGCCAGUAUGAAUUUGAUGGGCUGGACUUUGACUGGGAGUACCCUGGCUCUCGAGGCAGCACUGCUCAGGAUAAGGCCCUCUUUACUGUUCUGGUUAAGGUAAGCUAGAGAUGGUGCUAUGGGUAGGGCAGCUAAUGGGAGGCAGAGCCAGGUCACUCUAGACGGAGUCAACGUACUCUGGUUUUCUCUCUAUCCCCCUCCCUUGCAAAAGGUACUGUGGACAAUUAAGCAAUUCCUGUACACAAGCAUGAGAUAUUUAAGUCACCUAGGAAGAAAGCUGGACACCUGGAAAUUGUACAUAUCUAAGGGUAAAACUGCCCAUCAAAUACAUAGAUGUACCUGCAAUUUUUCAGUUUUAUAUAUACCAAGGAAGAUGGACAGAAAAGACUCCCUGAAUAAAUUGAAUGUUAUGAAUAUGACUGCAUGGGACACAGGACUGCUGCACUCUAGUUUCCUAUUUUAUGUUGCAGGAAAAAUAAGAGUACUGACCCACCAUGUCCUAGUGACUACCUACCUGCAGCCCCUCAGAUGUUUCAGCUGCCACUUUGCUAUUGACUCUCUCAAUGUCUGUGCUUAUCAUAUGAAACAGGGGUUUCCUCCUUAGAGUGGGAGGGUAAUAUACAGCAUGAUGCAGAAGUAAUUGCUAUAGCUCUUCUUCUCUUUCAUAGGAAAUGCGGGAAGCCUUUGAGCAGGAAGCCCAACAAUCCAACAAGCCCAGGCUCAUGGUCACUGCUGCUGUGGCUGGUGGACUUUCCAACAUUGAGUCAGGCUAUGAAAUUCCUCAGCUGGGCCAGUAAGUAUACUGUACUGCAGAUGUACUUGAGCUACUGCUUAGAGGUGCCUGGCAGGUGCAUACUGAGUGAGCAAUGGAUAAAGAGAUAUCACCCUUUUCUACCUCAAUAAAGCAAAAGGGUAGCUGGGUAGGUCUGCUCUCUCUUCCUAAACUCCAUCUUAACACAGAUCUUUGCUUUGCUCUCCGCUUGAUGAAGAGUUCUAGAGAACUCAAAAGCUUGCUCACUAUUUUGUGACAUUUUGGCUGACCCAAUAAAGGUAUUGCCCUACUUAUGGAUUUUGGGCUUUUUCUGCACAGAAUUUAGAAGACCAGCUAUAGAUUAUCCUUAUCAAUAUCACAAUUCUAAUUGUCAACCUGGUAAGAUAGCAAAUUGGCCACAAAUGAACCCAUCUCUGAAUACCUAUGUACCUACCUUCCGAACAGGUACCUGGACUAUUUCCAUGUGAUGACCUAUGACUUCCAUGGCUCCUGGGAGGGAUACACUGGAGAGAACAGCCCUCUGUACAGAGGUCCUGCAGACACUGGCGGUAACAUCUAUUUCAAUGUUGUAAGUAUAUUUCAGAAGCUUUGUCACUAAUAGCUAAAUCAGCUUUCCUCAACAAAGGAAAUAAAGCUGACCCAAAAUGUUCUGAUUAGAGGGCAAGGGAACCAGAAACAAAGAGAUUGGCUUUAAAUAAGGAACUUCGCUCAAGGAAACUUCCAACUAUGUCUUUGGAGACAUUUUAGCACUGUGUUUUCCUUAUAGGAAUAUGCCAUGAACUAUUGGAAGAACAACGGUGCCCCAGCUGAGAAGCUCAUUGUUGGAUUCCCAACUUAUGGACAUACCUUCAUCCUUAGCAACCCAUCCAACACAGCUGUUGGUGCUCCAACAUCUGGGGCUGGACCUGCUGGACCAUAUACAAGACAAGCUGGCUUCUGGGCUUACUAUGAGGUAUGUGCCACAAAGUUAUGUCCGUGAGAAAUUAGGGGCAGAUUUUGUUAUCUCAACAAGAUAGGGGAUGAGAUGAGGAUUAAGCAAGCGUCUGUUUUGGAGAUCAUUGUACUCAGUCUGAAGGAAAAGGUAUGUAGCAUGGGGUGCUCCUAGAUCUAUCACAAUUGCCUCCAUGGCAAGAAAUGUCUUAGGCCAGCUUCAUCUAGUAUGUCAGCUACAGCUAUUCUUGGUCACAGUAACCCAUGGGCUGAAAAACUCAAGACUGGAUUUUUACUGUAAUGUGUUGUAAGUGGGGCUGCCUUUGAUGUUGGUUUGGAAGCUGCAAUUAGGGGCUGCCUAUUGCAAAAGAACUCCACUAUGCUAUAUAAGCAAGUUAAAGGUGCCUACCUUGACAUACAUGGCCCUAUACAUCUCAGGACCUAGAUACCUGGUGGAGCAUCUUCUCCCAGAGACCCACCAAUGAACUAUGAUCUAUGGGGGAGGGCAAGAAAGAUAUAAAAUAAAGUAAAACAUCAUGCAGUGAAUGCCUGUCCUGAGCUUCCCUUUUUCUAGGGGAUAAAAAGCUUAUGGUUCAGCAGAGGCUAGGGUGGGAGGAACACUUAGAAAAGUCUCAACUUAUUAUGGGUCAAUUGUUGGACCGUUUCUUAGCAUGAAAUAGUACUGCAAAUAAUUUUAUUAUUAUUUUAUAGUCAUUUCAUGAAAUUAGCUAUUGCUAUUGUUAUAUGAUUUCAUGCAAGAAUAAACUAGUUAACUGCUAUGAUAGCACAAGGUUACUGUUCUGGAAUUAUGCAUUCCAAAAGUGUUAAUAGCCAACUUCUCAAGCAACUAUAUUUUUAAAAAUAGCAGAACACAGACAAAAAAUAUUUCAUAACUCAAAUCUACAAAAACAGCAGUACAAGAUAAACUCAAAUUAAAUAUAAGAUUGCUGUAGGUUACUGGCAGUAACUGUGUUUAUUUUUUAAUUUAUACAAUGCUUAUUGCAGCAUUAGGUGCAAGAAGAACUGGGUCAAACAAACAUUUCCAAAUAACCCAUAGUUUUUCUGUUUGAAGGCAACAUAUGAAAUCUGAGUUCGUGCUAAAAUUGUUUUAAAUUUCUUUCCUGGGAGAUAAAACCUGACUAGCUUUGUUCUUGACACUCUCCUUAAUGUGCAUUACAGAUUCAAGCAAUGGAGACAUAAGAUCAGAGGAAUCUUCUGACAAAGAUAAACAGCUUUAAAAUCAUGUUUAAAAACUAAUAAGUCAGUUAUAGCACAAAGCAUCUCCUCCCCAAGCCCUGUGGCAAGCUAUUUUUCAAGCAUGUAAGCUGGUAAUAUUGUGUGUCUGCUCCCUUCCAGAUCUGCACCUUCCUGAAGAAUGGAGCCACUCAAGCUUGGGAUGGUCCUCAAGAUGUCCCUUAUGCUUACAAAGGCAAUGAAUGGGUGGGCUAUGACAACAUCAAGAGCUUCCAGAUCAAGGUAUGGUAUCCAUCUCACAAAAGCAUACAUUCAUUCUGGUGCAUUAGAAUGUCCUGGUAGGUUCAGGACUGGUUUUUUUGUUUCUUUCUUCAAAGGCUGAAUGGCUGAUGAAGAACAACUUUGGAGGUGCCAUGGUUUGGGCCAUUGACUUGGAUGACUUCACUGGAACUUUCUGCAACCAAGGCAAAUACCCCUUGAUCACUGCCCUGAAGAAUGCCCUUGGUCUUCAAAGCACCAGUAAGUACCAGCAACAAGACGCUUUCUCAAAUUAACAUUUGGAUAAAUGGCAAUACAGUCAUGUCUCAGUAAUGCUAAUAAUAAAAAAACCACCACUUUUCUUAAAACACAUACAAAUGGUUCGAGCAUGGAGCAUCAUGCACAUCAUAGGAUACAUUCUGGAUUAAGAUUAGAAAAAUGAGAAACUAAGAGAACAGAAACUGGCAGAUCCCCUAAUUCAGCAGAGCAUGGGAACUAAGGGGUUCAGCCAAAGGCUUCACAAAAAAGGUGAGCUUUGAAGGAGGUUUUGGAGGGAGAUGGGAGAGGUGGCAUCAUGCAGUUUUCAAGCAAACAAGGCAGCAAGAGAGAAAAGACUAGAGCAAUGACAAACAACAAUACCUUCUGCUUUUGUGAAACUGAUCUUGGAAACUAUAGCCUAGCACAGAAGUCAAGUUUAGUAGUCAUCGUACCCAUUGUUUUUAGACCUUUUAGUAAAGGCAUUUUUGUUCCACCAAGCUUUUACCAUUUCAAGAGGUUCUGACUAUAAUUAAAUUAAAUAACGACUAAUUAGGGACAAAGGAAGAAUACUUACAAUACUGAUCCUGUCUUCUUCUUCUUUGGCUAUCACUCGUAGCCGAGUAAGAUUGUCUUCCAUAAAUACGGUUUUAACAAUGAGUCCAAAAGUGACUGUGGAGGCCAAUUCCACGUCCUUCCACAGUGGGGACAUUGGUUUCCAGGUGGGAGUUGAUCGCGAUGUGGAUUUUCCAAGUGUGCCUUCCUCUUAGCACGUUUCUCCCUUGCAUCUUGAGUUUGAGUGUCUUCAAAGCCCAUGACACCUUUGGUAAAGGCUGUUCUCCAACUGGAGCGCUCGCAGGCCAGUGUUUCCCAGUUGUCUGUGUUUAUACUACUUUUUUUAGAUUUGCCUUGAGACAGUCUUUAAACCUCUUUUGUUGACCACCAGCAUUACGCUUUCCAUUUUUAAGUUCGGAAUAGAGUAGUUGCUUUGGAAGACAAUAAUCAGGCAUCCGCAUAACAUGACCAGUCCAACGAAGUUGAUGUUGAAGAAUCAUUGCUUCUGAUCCUGUACUGAUCCUGUACAUCUAAGUGUGUGAUGCUUUUUUUCUAUUUCAGGCUGUACCGCUCCUGCCCAACCCAAUCCUCCAAUCACAGCUGCUCCUAGCGGUGGAGGAAGUGGCAGUGGAAGCUCUGGCAGUGGAAGUUCUGGCAGUGGCAGCAGUGGUGGUAGCGGUUUCUGUGCUGGCAAAGCCAAUGGUCUGUACCCCGUGGCCAACAACAGAAAUGCUUUCUGGCACUGUCUGAAUGGAGUCACAUAUGAGCAGAAUUGCCAGGCUGGCUUGGUCUUUGAUACAAGCUGUGAAUGCUGCAACUGGGCAUAA